CCAAGAGCUGACGUGGGCAAAGGUACUUAAAGCCUUGACGGCCAUCUCUGCCAUCUUCCUCCGGGUACCAACGCCAUAACGCUGCACACUGCCAGGCGAGAAGAAAAUUACCUCAGAACUGGACAGACUACCUUGCUGCCACAACCUUGCCCCCUCCCCUCCCCUUCCUUCCCCUCCCCUCCCCUCCCCUCCCCGCUAUCCUUCUAGGGUGCUAGAAAAUGGGUGUGCCCGCUUCUGUAGAAGAGAUGGCGUAUUUGGCGUUGUACGGGCUUCACAGGCUGGGGGGCCGUAAGCGAUCUGGUAUUAAAUCGUCAUGCUAACUGCCAGGCUGCUUUCCAGACACCUGCGGCCCACGGAGCCCUUCAUCCUGGUCUUUUCAGCCCUGAAAAAAAAGGAAUUCCGGUUCUUAGUCUGCGCCUGCAGUCUCUAUUUCUGCCCUUCAGCCUGCCCUCAGCAUGAAGCUCAGGCUGAACUAAAGGAAGGAGAAAGAGCUCAGAAUUCUUGCAGAUCCCUCUACCUUUAGGCCCUGCAGCUGCCAGCACGGCGGGAAUUGCUCCUGAUCCCAGGAAGUUGGUAUGUAUAUGUGCACUAUCUGAGGGCUCUUGAAUGGGGGUGGAGGUAUCACAGGUGAAUCUCAGAUUUCACACUCUGCCAGAUUUCCAUGCCCUCCCCACUUAGGGACAACUAAAUCGUAGAUGCUGGCACUGGGAAGGUGAACUAGAGGUAAGACAAAUCAAUAAGUGCGGGCUUCCACACCUGUGUCCCAAGCGCUCCCCUAAGGUUAGACACAAAGUGAGCCCAAACCCUGUGCCUCUCACUUCUAACGUUUACCCCUACUAGGUCCAGCUCAGUUUGCUGCCUCAGAAGACCUUUCAAGCCCGAGUUUGAGAGCCUCGUUUUGACUGGUGCAUACGUUCGUUCCACUUAAGCAAUCUGGAUCAGAGAAUUGUUGCACGUGUAUCAUGAGCCGUACUCGGGAUGCUGGCUGCGUAGCUGCUGGAAUAGUGAUCGGGGCUAGCGCCUGGUACUGUGUCUACAAAUACACUAGAGGAAAAGACCAGAAGAAGAAGAGACCAGCCAAAUCCAAGAACCGGGCUUCGGUGGGUACUGGAGCCAGGGCUAAAGGUGGACUAAAAGCAGGAUUCACAAUUGACCUUGGGCCAGGGUUCAAUCCCCCAGCCUCUGUCACUGUUGAGACAAUGAAUAAGGCCCAAGGGAAAACAUCCACUCUUGCCACAACUGCAGCUGAAAAAAUGGUGCCAGCUGCACCCAGCCCUAAGGUUCAGAAUGGGACAGAAAGUAAGGCCCAGGAGGCCAAGGGGGCUGGGACUGAGCCUACUACCAAACCAGUAGUCGCGACUUCAGCUGCCAGUGCAGUUACACCCCCACCCAAGGUGGCAGAGGUUCCCACAGCUGCAGAGGCCCCACAAAUAGUAGUGACUCCCAAAGUGGCAGAAGCUCCCGGUACCAUGGAGGCUACUGGGAUAGCAGCACUCCCUGGGCCAGCAGUACUUCCUGGGGUAGCCCAGUCUCCUGGGCCAUUAGUACCUUCCCCAUCAAUAGCACCUUCUGUGCCAACAGCACUUCCCUGGGCUGUAGCACCUCCUGGGGUAGCCCAGUCUACUGGGCCAGCACCACCAACCAUGGCAGUGCAAUCUCUUGUGCAAGCAGCACCUUCCUGGGCAGUCGUAGCUCCCCCCGGGGCAGUCUACAUUCCCGUGGCAGCCCACUUUACUGGGCCAGCAACUGCCAGGGUAACCCAGUCUCCUGGGACAGUGGUGCCUCCCCUUCCACCCCCGUCUCUUGGGGCAGCAAUGCUUUCUAGGGCAGUCCAGUCUCCUGCGACAACAGUGCCUCCCAGAGCAGUCCAGUCUUCUGGGGCAACAGUGCAUCCUGGGAUAGCCCAGUCUCCUGGGGUAGUAGUGCCUCCCAGAGCAGUCCAGUAUUCUGGGGCAGCAGUGCCUGCCAUGACAGGAGUCCCUUCUGGGGCAACAAUGCCUGCCAUGACAGGAGUCCCUUCUGGGGCAACAAUGCCUGCCAUGACCGGAGUCCCUUCUGGGGCAGUAGUGCCUGCCAUGACCGGAGUCCCUUCUGGGGCAGUAGUGUCUCCCAUGACAGGAGUCCCUUCUGGGGCAGUAAUGCCUGCCAUGACAGGAGUCCCUUCUGGGGCAGUAUUGCCUGCCAUGACAGGAGUCCCUUCUGGGGCAGUAAUGCCUGCCAUGACAGGAGUCCCUUCUGGGGCAGUAAUGCCUGCCAUGACAGGAGUCCCUUCUGGGACAGCAGUGUCUCCCAUGGGGCCAACAACUCCAAUGGCGGCGGCAGCAUUUGCUAGGGCAUCAACAUCUACCCAGAGGGCAACAACCACAGACGUCAUGCAGGUCCCUAGGGUGGCAGCACCUACUGAAGCCACAGAGGCUCCUAGAAUGGCAACACCUGCCAUGGUGGCUGGGGCCUCUCUGCCAAUGCUUUCUGGGGCUGCCCAGACUCCUGGGCAUUCAGGGUCCUCUAAGACAGCAGCCACUGGGAAGAAAGCUGGAGCUCACACUGGAGCUAUACCUAAGUCUGGGUCAGCCGCUGGCGCUGUGCCCAAAGGCGGGGGCAAAGGUGGAAACAGGAACCGGAAUGGAGGCAAGGGCAAAAAUAGAAAAAACAAGGUUGAAGUGGAUGAAUUGGGGAUGGGCUUCCGCCCUGGUGACGGGGCUGCGGCAGCUGCUGCAGCUUCUGCUAAUGGCGGACAGGCUUUCCUAGCAGAGAUUCCUGAAUCUGAGGAGGGGGAGUCUGGGUGGACUGAUACAGAGUCAGAUUCUGACUCUGAACCUGAGGUUCAGCAAAGAGGGAAGGGGAAGAGAACCAUUCCCAUGCAUAAGCGCCCCUUUCCGUAUGAAAUCGAUGAGAUUCUGGGUGUCCGAGAUCUCAGGAAAGUCCUAGCCUUGCUUCAGAAAUCAGAUGAUCCUUUCAUCCAGCAAGUAGCCCUGCUCACCCUGAGCAACAAUGCCAAUUAUUCAUGUAAUCAGGAAACAAUUCGCAAGUUGGGAGGCCUCCCGAUUAUUGCAAACAUGAUCAACAAAACUGACCCCCAUAUUAAGGAAAAAGCCUUAAUGGCCAUGAAUAACCUGAGUGAAAACUAUGAAAACCAGGGCCGACUGCAGGUGUACAUGACCAAAGUGAUGGAUGACAUCAUGGCCUCUAACCUGAACUCGGCAGUACAGAUCGUUGGGCUAAAAUUUUUAACAAACAUGACUAUUACCAAUGAUUACCAGCACCUGCUUGUCAAUUCCAUCGCAAACUUUUUCCGUCUGUUAUCCCAGGGGGGUGGAAAAAUCAAGAUCGAAAUUUUGAAAAUACUUUCAAAUUUUGCUGAAAAUCCGGAUAUGCUCAAAAAACUUCUCGGUACCCAGGUGCCGUCAUCCUUUAGUUCCCUUUAUAAUUCUUACGUGGAGUCGGAAAUUCUCAUUAAUGCUCUUACUCUGUUUGAGAUUAUCUUUGACAACCUCAGAGCGGAAGUGUUCAACUACAGAGAAUUCAACAAGGGUUCCCUGUUUUAUUUGUGUACUACAUCUGGGGUGUGUGUUAAGAAAAUCCGAGCCUUGGCAAAUCACCACGACCUCUUGGUGAAAGUGAAAGUUAUCAAACUGGUAAACAAAUUCUGACUUGUGCCCUCAAGAUCUGUGAGGUCUCAGUUUUCCAGUCUGGAAGCAUUAAAAAUGAGAUGUUAUUGCUUUUCUCCUUGUGUGUAUAGUAAAGGAGUUCUUUCAGCUGCCAGCUUAGAAUAAUGUGUCAUUCAGAGUGAUGUUGUUGUUUGUGGCAGUCACCAGCUUUAAGCGGAACCAUUUUCUGAAUACCAAAUAGUCCUGUAGUCCUAUAGUACUGAAGACACAUUUGUGAUUUGAAUUGUGCUGCUUGAGUGGAAUAUUUUUCCCAAGUCCUCUAUGUGAGUUGAUAAUGAACCUGUCCGUGAAUGGCCUAUUCUGCCCUUACUUGUUUUGACUUGAAUUUUGUCACCAAAGACUUCAUAUGUGUAUCAUCAAUAAAGUUGUGUGUUGCA